AGGGGACGGUUAAGUAGGGCAAACAGUGAAGUGACACAGUUUUGAUGGACGGCAACUUGCGCGUGCUUCAAGCUUGUAGCACCGAACUCAGGAAUGGAUGUAAAGUUGACGACGAGCGUCGAUGGAAAGGACAAAGCCUAACAUCUCAUCGAAGGGGGGAAGGGGUAGUAAACAUUGGUCUGUAGCACGACGGAAGAAGAUCCUCUCCAUCCUCCUCCCAAACCCUCCUCCCUCCCUUGUGUGACAGAGGCGUUGUGGGGAGAGAGAAGUUGGCGCGAGGCAAGUUGUGCAUGGUGUGGGACCCGCCUGGCCAUGUUCGCUCGGCGUGCCAGCAGGACCCGUGCAGUUCUCUGCCCCUGCUGUGACCCAGCUGACACAGCCAGCCAGCCAGCCCGCCAUGCGAUACCUCCGCCGCCGUCACAACACGCACGCUGGCGCUCCGUGCGGCGGUGAGCCUGGCUGGGCGUGCGGCGGGGUGGCGGGGCGUGCGUGCGUGUGCGUGUGUUGCGCUGCAUGGCCUUCCCUCAGGCACACGGCUCGCUUCUCCUGCUCCACUCCGUGUCAGCUGCCCGAGCUUGUUGUGCAAGGUGGCAGUGGGCCGUGUGUGUGUGUGCGCGAGCGCGCGUGUGUUUGUGUUUGAUGUGGCCUGGUGACGGGAGGUGUGCCACCCUCCUCCUCCUUCUCCUCCUCCCCUUCUGUGUGGACAACGUGGAGUUCAGGCAGCGUUUGUAUUCGCUUGUCAUCUGUUGAAAACCCGUCGCAGCUUUCAUCGCUCGUCGUCGUCGCCGCCGCUGGCCUUGUUGGUAUGUGUGACGCCCGUCAGGAUGUAAGGAGUACGCAAGUGUGGACUACUCGCUUGCAGGCUGCUCAUGUGUGUGUUGUAGUAGUGUAGUGUGUGGCGUGCCCAGCUCUCUCGCAGCUGGCCGCCGCCGUGCGUCCAUCGAGCCAGCCGGUCAGCGGGCUGACGGAGCGCCGGACGGCUUGACCAGUGGACUAUUGCCUAAACAUUAUUCCAUCGCUUGACGUUCAGCAGAGGCAAGAUCACAGGGGAGAAGAGGGAUCCAGACAACUUGUGCAUCGAGGAACUUGCUGAGUUGAUCUCUGCAAGUAUAGCGGAUAUGAACGCUUUUCCUGGCAAGCCGGAAAAGAGCAACGUAUUGCAGGAGACAGUUGUUUCACAACUUCAGCAGAUCUCCAAACCUGGGCCAACUGACAGCAGAUCCAGUGAAGCAGUACAGCAGAGCCAGGUGUCCUCCAGCAAGCCUUCCAUUGUUGCAAAUGAAAUUUUGGGAUCCCUCCUCCUGGAGGCUCUUGAAGGCUUUCUCUUUGUGGUCAACAGCCAGGGCAAAGUUGAGUUUGUGUCCGAGAACGUAGUCCAGUAUCUCAAAUAUUCUCAGGAUGACUUAGUGGGGAAAAGUAUCUACAAUAUCAUUCAUGUUGGCGACCAUGCUCAGUUCAGCAACAGCCUUGUGCCUAUGUCACUACCCAACAGCCUAUCGUGGCCUAAUGAUUCACCAAACAAGGGUCGCAAUUUCAACUGUAGAAUGCUUAUUAAGCCCCCAUGUGAAGAAGACGAGGAUGUGGAAGUGAAACAAACCUAUGUUUCCCAAUAUGAGAGCAUGUACAUUACUGCUAUCCUGCAACCUUAUCUUGGACAUAAGUUUUCCGAUGCACACAGUGAGUCAGAUAAUCAGACGUGCUUGGUUUGCAUUGCACGAAGGGUCCCUAUGAUAGAGAAAGUGAAUACCAUGGUAAAUAAUGAAGCGUAUACAACCAAGUGUGACCUCACAGGCAAAAUCCUUGAUUUUGAAGCACGUUCAUUGCCAAAGGGCCAUUACGGAGAAGUGCUGACAGGAAGUUAUACCUUGACAGGAAAUUACUACGACUAUUGCCUAAACAAUGAUGUUUCAGUAGUGCGUAAACACUUUAGUGAAGUGAGUGCUGCAGACAGCAGAAGUGGGCUAUACCGAAUCAGACUGAAGGACAGCCGCUAUUUUUUUGUUCAGUCGACAAGCAAGCUUAUCACUUCCCCGCAUAACCACAAGCCUGACUACAUUUUUUCUACGCAUUCAAUUAUCAGAGAGGUCGAGUCUGAAUCUGAACUGAAGGGAUUAGCAGGAACCAGUCUGCUAAAAUAUCUUUCUAACCAAUCAUCAAUCAGCAGCUCACACAACCUGCACCCUGCUUUGGCGUUUAUUGGUAUACCAAAUAGCCCCAGCCUGCCCUUCAACAUGGUAUCAGCCAUGUCCAGUCCUUCCUCCACGAUGGGGCUAAAUAUGGGCAUGGGAAAUCUUGGACCUCUGGCGAACAACAGCAUGGGAAGCAUUGGAGGGAACACAGGGAACAGCAUGGAUUCAAUUUCAGAUUUAGACUUUUUCACUCCUUCAGACUGGGAACAAGUGAAUGCCCUCAUUAGCAUGAGUGGAGGAGGAGUGUCUCUGCCAGCAUCGGAAAAUCUCGGAGUCUAUAGCAGCAACAUGACUGGGAAUGGAGUCAGUGGUGGAGCUGUUAGCAGUGGUAAUUCUGUAUCCAACAUGCAGACUUUUACCACGACAAACUCUUGGGGAGGAGUUGCUCCCAUGAAAAGUGCGGCCAAUACUCCCGCAAACAGUACUGGCUCGUCUUCCUUGCAGUUAGCUUUACUAGGCAAUCAGAGUUUAGCCAACAUGACUUCAGCCAACAUAAACAAUACUGUGGGCAUCAGCAACACUACCAGCAUCUCCAUGAAUGGCAAGCCACAUCCUGGGGUGCUGGCUCAUCUACAGCGCAGUAACUCCACUAGCUUUGAAGGCCAGAAAUCCCCCAGCUUUUCUCCUGGCCCUGGUGGGACCCCACGAAGUGCUGUCACUUUCAACAUGCCAGUGCCUGGACAGCGACAACCUGGUGGACUGAUAGGCUACCCCAGCCAGCGCAGUCCUGUAUCAGGUGUGAUGCAGAAUCGCAGCCAUGGUGGACAAUUUGGCAUGGGGUUCCAGCGCAAGACUAUGUCCCCUUUGUUGUCACCACAGCCAGGUCUUUCAUCCAGCCCAGUGUGGGGUCGCUCUCCCAGUGCCAUGGGAGGACCAGAUUUUGGUGGACAUGGAGGGCCUGGCAGUGUAGGCAGCAUGUCUCAAGCCUCUCCUCUACAGGCGUUGCAGUCAAUGGAUUCCCAGACCUCCAGUGCCUUAGACAUACUCAGCCCUUCACCCCGUGGAUCACAUGACCCACCCUUCCCUCCACCCACCCCUCCUUUCGAUGCCAGUCCAGGAGGGGUUGGGGGAGGCACAGGGGGUGCUGAUCUUCGUCAGCGCCCAGGAAAAUUGUGCCAGCUGUUGACGCAAAACACGUCACUGGAACAGCUGGGACCACGUUCAUUGCUAAUGUCAGGAGCAGUCCAGCGUUCUGGCUCAAACAGAUCUGCCAUGGCCAGCCCAGGCCUGGGUAAGUCUGGACUCAAGUCACCAGAAGAGCAACUGCACCAGUCUCCUACCCCAGGCCCUGGCCAGAGCCCCCCAGAGAAGCCUCAGAGCACAUCCAACGAGGAUGGAGAGGUCAUCCUGAGUGGACAAGCUACAGAAGCAGAAAAGAAGGACAACUUUAUCCUGAAGAAGUUGCUGAGUCAGGAGGAGGACUCAGAUCCACCAACCAUCAUGGAUCAUGAGAUCUCAAGCUCUCCUCAGACUACAGGACCUGGGACUAAUGACUGUGACAGAAAUAUGGACAAAAAUGAGGCGGAGCCUAAGAAAACCACAAAUGUUUUACUUAAGCAACUUCUGAGUGAUGAAAAUAAGCAAGAUCGGGUUGUUGGUGGCUUGGAAAUGCGCAUUAAGCUUGAGAUGGACAUCGAAAAGUCAGGUUUGAACAGAAGUCAAAUGUCCACAUCACUGGGAGAAGGGGAUAGCCAGAAGUCCCAGGGGGAGCUACUGCACCAGCUUCUUCAAGAAGAUCGCAAUGCAGAUGGAGUGGCCAUCACAUCAGCACCAGCAGAGUCCACCAGUCAGGAUCAGGAGAUCAGUGGCUCGCGGUCCCGCCAUGAGUCUGGCCAACAAGAGCCACAGUCAACCACCUCACAUCCUCUAGUUCCAUCCCCAUCACACCUGCCUCACAUGAGUCGGCAUCCUUCAGGCAGCAUGGGAUUGGGCACUCAGCUGCAUAACACUCAGCUCUUUCAUGACCUUGCGGACACCUCUGGGCGAGCUUCCAAUUCAGUUUUUGCCUCAUCCUCCAGCGCAUCUUGUCUCAAGCAGCAGGACAGUAUAAUUCAGAACAAGAAUCUUGACACUUUGCUCAACUCUCUAUGGGAGCGAGAUACCGAGUCGCCAGCCAUCCGUGACAUCCACAGACAGUCCAAGAAGCGCAAAGCCUCAGCUUCAGAUGUUGACAGCACCGAAAUGGACACUGAGCCCAGCACUUCAGGUGGUAGCAGUGGUGGGCCUGGAGGGAAUGUUGAAGCUAGCAGUCGUUUAUCCCAGAAGAACGCUUUGCUGGCUCAGCUACUGUCCAAGAAAGCUGCCAAAGAGACUGUGGUGAACACCCACCUCACUGUCAACCCAGUUGGUGUUCCCCAGCAGCGGAUUCCUCGCAAUCUCAAUGAAAAACUUGUCACCAUCAAGGGGGGGGGGCGGAGCACUAGUGUAGACAAAGCCACAGAAGCUGGUGGUGUUGCCAGCAUGAUGAGUACUGGUACUGUGAGUGGGACCAGCAAGAUGGCUAACCCUCAUGACAACCCACGCACCAAUCCCAACACCCCUUUUCCUGGAAAUACAAGUGCUGGUGGUAUGGGUGGUGGAAUGGGCGAUGGGCCAAGGGGUUUCAGUUCUGCCUAUGGAAACAGCCUGGGUAGUGGUGUCACUAGUAUGGACUUGAGUGAGGACAAUGUCACAAGUCAGCUGGAGCAGUUUCAACACUUCUUCUCUGAUAGCAUGGGACCCAUGGCCACGGACUCAGCAUCAAGUGACUCCACAGACCCCUUGUUACAGCAGAUUCUCCAGCAAGCCGCAGACCUCGAAGAGGACCUCAGCUCAGGCAACUACUCUGCCCCUGACAUGGGAAGUGUGGCACCACCAGUCUCCACCCAGCCCCUGUCAGCCCCUCAACCCCCACUCCCUACUUCUCUCCCCACCCCUCUGCCUGCCCCAGUUCCCACCCCACUUCCUGCUCAGCAGCAUCAGCCAUCUUUGUCUCAGCAACAUCAGCUCGCGAUGCACCAGCAGUCGCUGCCUCCACACCAGCAUCAGCCACAGCAACACCAGUUUCCACAAUCAAUGAUGGAGUCCAGUGACAUGUCUCAGGAGGAGCAGAACAUGUUGGCCCAGCUAGAGCAGCUUAUUAGUGAUGGCUCUCUUCAAGGGGUGGAUUCUCUUCUAGGAAUUGCAGGACUGACCAACACACCUGGUGUGGGCAGUGUAGGUGGAGGUAUGGACUCUCAGACAGCUGGUCUGUCCAGCAGUGUGGGGAUAGGGGAUGGUGUACCGGGCGUGCUAACCACUUCUCUCAAUGAACAAAUGGCUAUUGACGAGAUUCAGCGACAGUUGAUGAACGAUGAUCCUUUGAGCAGCAGUGGCGCUCCAGGCAUGGGACCCAUGGUUCUUCAGAAUGCAGGUGGGGCUGGGAUGUACUCCCCAGGUCCUGCCAUGUCCCCAAUGAUGAUGGGGUCACGUGGUGCUGUGGCAGCAGCUGGGGCUACUGGUGUUCCACGGGCCCAUCCUAAUAUGAUGAACCUUGUGCAGCGCCCAUUUGCCAGCCAAAUACCACCACAGCAGGUGAAUCAACAGGCAGCAUUAUCGCCAGGGCAACAGCAGUCACCCACCAUGUUUGCACCACAAGGAUUACAACCACAAAGUCCACAGUUUCCCCAGCCCCGAGCACCCCUGGCAAGUGCCUUGCAAGCAGCUCCUCAGGUCUUCCCACGCACCAGCUCCCAGGUCCGGCAGAACUUACUUCUGCAUCAGAAGAACCGGGCCAUGGAGAAGCGUCAACGCCAGAACCAGCACCAGCACCAGCAGGCUCAAGACUGCCAGCGUGCUCUACAGCACCGUCUACAACAGCAGCAGCUAGGUUCUCAACAAUUCAAUCAGCAAUUCCCACAGCCCAACAUGGCAGCUUUGGACACAGGGACCUCCACAAGCCAGUUCCCGGAAAAUUUGCGUGAUCUCAUGAAUACGGGACAUGCCCCGAACGUGACUCUACCCAUCCAGCGGGGAGGCUUGGUGCCAGCGCCCCUAUCCCCCCACCUCCCGAUGCCGCCGGGCCCCCACCUCAUGGGGCAGGCAACCCCCAGCGGGCCGGCCCCGGCCCAGAUGUCCUCUCACUAUGUGUCUGGAAUGCUGGGCCCGGCCCAGUGGGGGUUGGGACCAGGCGCCGGGGUGGGCAGCGCGGGGGACGCCAUGACGGGUAUUCACCCUCCGCUGCAGGGUGCUCAGUUCCAGAACCUACAGCGGACCCGGACCCUGUCCGGCAACUCCCUGCCUAGCCCUGCCGGGCAAGGCUCUCGCUUUCAGUUUCCCACCGAUGGCCAGUUUGCAGGACCCCCAGGUCAAGGACAAGUGGCAGGAAUGUUCUCCCCAGGGCAGAACCAAGGGGGUCCAGUACCACCUCCCGGACCUCAGCAGCAGCAACAACAACAGCAGCAGCAACAACAGCAACAGCAGCAACAACAACAGCAGCAGAUGUUCUCACAGAACCGCAUGAUGCAGCGCUCACACAGCAUGAACACAGGGUGUGGCUCUCCGCGCACAUCACAGAGUCCUUUUGGUUCCACAGAUCCUCUGCUUCUGUCACCACAUGCCAUGUCACCAAACUCCGCACUCCGGCAGCAGCCCCAGCCUUCACAGGUAUCACCGACAUUCAGUCAAAGUCCCAUGACAUCACCACAGUACAGCCAUGCUGGGGCACCACCUCCUUUCUCAGGCCCCGUCUCAGUCUCUUCCGCAGGAGGCAUGCCUCCGUCCUUCAGUAGUGGUCACCUCUCCUUGGGUGCUCCAGGAGGAGCAAAUUCUGGCCAGCCAUUCCAUGAUUUUGAAUUAAAUUUCUUUGACAACACACUUUCAGACAGCAAAAAGCUGCAAGCAGAUAUGGGGCUGCCCACCGCUGGUCCAACAUCAACGUCUCAGUACGUGAAGCAGGAACUGCGUAAUAUAUGUAACGCACGGUCAGAGAAACAGAUGCAGCAACAGACCCAGAUGCAGCAGCAUCUUCUUCAGCAGCAACAUCAGCAGCAGCUGCAGCAGGCUCCACAGCCAAUGCAAAGAUUGCUGGCUGACUGUGACAGUGAACUUCCUCCGGAUAUACUGGAGACCAUAAGCAACAUGUCCCAAGAUCACGGAGGACCCUUAGCAGAGGAAAUAAAGGAAGAAGAGAUAGUUUCUCAAGCACGCCAGGAGGCUAAGAAACGAUACAAGCAGUUUCGUGCUCUUUCCGUUUCUGAGCAGUCUCCAUUACAAGAGGAGGUAGACGAUGCAGAAGCCAAAGCUACGAGUCUCUUCCGCAACCAGCUUCUGAAGCAUCCACCUCAAACUGCACCUGCAACAGUAUCACAGAGUUCCAAAUCAGCAGCUGCUUGUACCACACAACAGGUCAACGUUUUGCAAAAAGAGCCAAGGACUCCUGUUGAUGUGAAGCCACCUGACAGCAAAAACAGCCUGCUGCAGCAGUUGUUGGCCGACGUCCCAUAAUGCUCAGCUUGUCACCUUCCUACGAGCUUCAUUACAUCCCUACCUCCAUCAUGUUGGUGCACAGACAGCAUCCCAUGAUGUCAGUUGCUCAUGUCGCAGGUUUGCGAAGAUUUUCAAGGCUGCAGGUUAGGUCGUGCCGGCUGCAGUACGGGACAAAGAAAGCAUCAAGACCACAUUGUGCUUCAGCAGGUUUUGACAGAUGGUUGCUGCAUCCCUGCUUGUUUGAUUACAAUGGUCAUGUGUUCUGUCAGCUGUCAGCAUCGUGGCACCAGCCUGCACUGCCAGGAGCAUUAUCUUUACUCACUGAGGAACAAUUUUUGAACCAAAGAAAGACUCACAUCUUGUGUUGCCUUAGUCACGUGUCUGCAUGCUUUGUGCUGAGCAAAAUCACAUCUUGUUUCUAGCUCUUUUUCAGAGAGAGACAUGUUGUUGCCAACACCUAGCAUUCGUUGGAAAAUACUCUGUACAGCUGUAAAAUGUGGGACACUUUUCCACGAAGAUAUGUUCCAAGAUGAACAUAAGUAUGGACAUAUAUUUUAAGUGCCACAACUCCAACCAAGCUGGGUGUUGAUUAGGCGCAUGUGCCCACAUGGAAACCUUCCAGAAAAAUAUGACAGCUAAUGCUGCCCACCUUCUCCAAGGUCGUGUGUUGUAAGCCUGAACGAGAAACAGUCGUCUACGUUGUUUAGGUUGAGAUUUUUUUGGGGACAGUGGACUACACACUUUGGUCACUUCAUUUGACAGAAAUGUUGCUUGCUGCACAAGCUGGCCACCAAAAAACGAAAAAGUGCCAUUAACAGAUUUGUUACACAUUCUGGUACAAGGUGUUGUCACAAAGAUGCCUAAACUUGAGCUUUUAAAGAAGCCAUGUUUGUUUUUCCCCCACCCCAAACCCCACAAGAGCACUCUACAGAAGUAAAAAAUCUUUGAAUGGUGGAUAAAGAGAGUAGGAGGAGAAACUGUUGUCAGGUUAUCCAGCAGCAGACACUGAAUGCAGCCGCUUGAUUAAACUUCCCUCCCCCACUUCCCCUGUAAAUUUAUUGUAAGUAGUUUUAUGAUCUCAUGAACAAGCCACAGUGUGUGUGUGUGGUCAGCAUGGCAACGUCACGCUCUUGCUCCCCUCUGUGUAUAUAUGUGUCUCUUCUGUUCCGGUUUUGUUGUCUUGGGAACUGUGAGCUGUUCACACAGUCCAUCACAGCUGGAAGAUCAGGGGUAUUGAUGGGGGAUUGGUAUGAUGGAGAGGGUCUGAGGACAGGAGAAGCGGUACUGAGGACCCUGCUUUGUGGCCAAGAAACCAUCAUAAUCUUGAUUGCUUGUAACAUCCUUGAGGCAAAACCGAAGUUUUAAAAUUUUUUUUUAUGUUAACAAAUUUUUACAAGGGAGAAAGAGAGCACACACGCUCUUUCUUGUCUUGAUGUUUUAUUGUGAUGGACCAAAUCUUAAGAUUUAACUUCAUCUACCAGGAAAAUCUUGGUCAAAAUCUGCUCAUGCAAGAGGCCAGUUGGAAAGGAAUAAAAGAUAUACUCCAUUGUUGAUAUUUCCCCAAGUUCAUUACAGUACAUGUAUUUUUCCAGGUGUCAUCUCCGAUUGAAGAUCAUGCAGGAUACCUUCAGUAAUCUGUCUUUAUUGUAUGUGCUAGACUCGUGAUGGUGAAUGUUUUGGACCAUGCCCUGUGUGCUGCUCUUGAACUGAUGGUUGCAGCUUCUACCUAUACAGUAGUGGUGCUGCCUCUUUCAGGCUGGCAAGAGAGUGAAGCUUUUGACAGCUUGUGCAUGCAACCCAAAACACUGUAGGUCACAAGAUGCUGUGUAUCAGAUAAGGGGAGAGUUUACUGAGGGUUCCAGUCCACCACUCUUAUGGACACCAUACCCUGUGUUUAUAUAGGGGCAUACCUCAGAUAUAAGCAUAAUGUAUUUUUGUACAGAAAUCCGAUUUCCCACAAGUAGGUCUUCACGAUUUUUAGAGACAGCUGCAAACUAUAGAGAUUAAAAAAAAAAAAAAAAUAGGGUUGUGAAAAGUAGGACAAGCGUAAAACCAACGAGCUCAACCAUUUUUUUUCCACAGAAAGUUUUUCUGUUGCUCCUUUUUUCUCAAGCAAAAUUUCUUUCACUAUCUAAAGCAAUAACUGCAGGAUCCGCUCAAGCAAAGUGAUUGGAAUGGGACUCGGCUGACAGGACACUGUCCUGCCUUGUAGUUUUGCAGGCUGCAACUGUGCCCAUGUUGGUCUGGUGUCCCAAGAGCAGCAGGCAUUCUUCACAGGCAUCUUCCCCGUUCUCAGGUUCAGCAAUUCAGUGCCUCAAGUUCAUUCACACUACAGCUGUUUUCCUUGUUUCUUUGGUUGACAAGGAGGGGAGAAUGCUCCAGACAUGGAGAUCAUCAACGCAAAGAAUGUUAGGCCUGCAGUCGAAACAUCGCACCCCAUUUUUUCAGAACAUCUCAUGAAGUUUCUGAGGAUGAAAGAUAUGCACCAAAAUAAAAAAAAUAAAAAUACACAAAAUAAAACUAACGCCUGUGCCUAAAUUGCAGCUCUUUUUAUUCUACGUAUUUGCCCCCUCCCCUCCCAGGAGUGGGAUUUAUCCCCCACGUAGCCCUGCAGUGGGAUAAUCAGUAUUGACUAUGAUGUCAGAUAUUUUGCUGCAUGUACUGUGUUCGUUACCAGUAUCAACACCUAAGCACUAAUGUUGUUUUGCUGUUUGUAAGCUUUAACAGUGUAACCUAGUUAACUUUUUUUUUUCCUGCUCUCCUGCAGUUUAAAGGAACAGAGAUAAAACGAAAAGCCGGUGCAGUUUUUUUUUUUUUUUUGGAAGAGGCCAGAUGCUGUGUAUGCACAGUGCUGAGAGAAUCACUGGCUGUUGAAUGUGAUACGUACGGCAAACUUUCCCAUUGUGGGAGCUGCCCUACUGGUUGGGACACUUUGAGUUCAUGAACAAGGUGUGCAAAACAUCAGGAGCUGCUGUUUCCACAGAAGAUUUGUAGUUUGUUAUCUGUAUAAAUGUACAUAUUUUUGUACUAGCAUGGGUGCAAGUACUUUGUAUAUUGGCAUACGUGAGAGCAGUGUUGCAUAAGAGAGCUAUACCCAAUGCAUUUUGUCCAGAAACUGAAAAUGCUCUUAUUACAGUGCCAGCAAAGCUUUCCCUUUCUCCUACAAGACAUCUGUGCCUUGUCAGUGCUUUCUUUUAUUUUUGCUGUUUGUAUUUUUGUUUUUUAAUGCAGCUUCCCCAACCCCCGCUAGAUAGCACUACCUCUGAAAGGAUUAACAAAGAAGUCACAUGGUUGUGACAUAUCUUUUUGUUUGCUCAUUUGUUGAGAAGAAUUUGUUUGCCAGCCACUGAUGUGUCAACAAUUUGGGCAUAAUGUCCACAGUAGAUGUCAGCAUAUCUCACCUUUUUUUGUGCAAGUAUCCAGAGGCCUCAUUACUCAAUGGCAAGUGGUGCGGUAGGGUUUGUGAGGUAUAGAUUGUGCUCAUGUUUCAUUUUUUUUAUUUGCUGUAAAACUGCUUUCUGGAGAUUAGCCCAUACCCCAAGAUCAUUUUUGUUUUACUUUAACUAGGCACUACCUACAGCACGUUGUAACUUCCUCUAUGGCUUUGGAUUGUGAUGGAAAGUGGCCAUUUUAAUUGUAUACAGAUUCAGAUUUAUUGCUGUGCUCAUACACUGUACAGAUGAUGUUGAUGUCUGUUGGAUUUUGUGGUAUCAAGAAAAGAAAAUGUACUUGGAGUCUGAUAAGAGAAAGCCACAGAUGAAACAGCA